AGGCAGAUGAUAGAUACCGUUUAGAGAAAAAAAGAAGUAAAAAAGAUCCCGCGAGUCGCGAACUGCGCAUGUAUAGGUCUAAUUUCACUGUUGGCGCUCGCUGGCACCAUAGCCAAAGCAAAUGUCCGAAACAAUGUCUUCUUGCCACUCAACCUCCACCAUCGACCCUACUAAUCAUCUUCCUCUCUCUAUCCUUAGAUCCGACACCGUUCCACCCGCACCAACCCGAUCUGGAUCCACUAUCGACUGGCUACCGGAAUUUGCUGGUUACGCAUGGAUCGCCUAUGGAGCCUCCUCCCUUCUGGUGAUUUCUCACCUCCCAUCUCCUCUCUCCUCCGACGAAUCCCUGAUCGGCCCUAUUCUCCGGCAAGUUUUCGAGCUCUCUGGCGACCAUUCAUCUGCUGUCACUUCCGUUUCUUGGUCCCCAGUCACGCCGUCGAUAGGAGAGCUUGCUGCUGCGUCAGACAGCUGCAUCUACGUGUUCUCACAUGAUUCCCAAAGCUCCAAAGGUUCUUUUUGUUGGAGCCAGAAUGCAGUACUUUUACAGUGCACAAAGGUGGAAGCAAUCAAAUGGACUGGCUCCGGGGACGGAAUAGUUUCUGGCGGAAUUGAUGUGAUUUUGUGGAGAAGGAGAAACAGGUCAUGGGAAAUAGCUUGGAAGUUUAAGAGAGAUGAGCCUCAAAAUCUGGUUUCUGCAACCUGGUCAAUUGAGGGACCCUCAGCAACUGCUGCCCGUCCAAAUAACCUGCUUAUUAAAGAAUCUAGCAGUGAGAGCAAAUGUGUGCUAGUAUGUUAUGGCGACAGUAUAUCUGAAUAUGAAAAAUUUGAGCUGCGACAUCCUCAGCCUGUCCUGAUGAUUCAGUGGAGGCCACCAACAGAAAGACAACCACAAAGAGAUGCAAAAUAUUUGGUACGGAAUAUGCUAUUAACUUGCUGCCUAGAUGGAACUGCAAGGCUGUGGACUGAGGUAGACAAUGGAAAGGUCAGAAAGUUUGGCAAGGAAAAUAAUGAUCGCAAAACAACAAGGAAAUUCUUUUGUGUUGCUGCUGUAAUUGAGAUUAACCAGGUGUUGAAUGGUAAUUUGGGCAUGGAUAUAUUUUUGAACUGGGCAAUAGAAAGUAGAGGUAUAUACAGAACUGGAGAAGACAUUAAUCAGUUCUUCUCCACUGAAAGGUAUAGGCAUGGAGUUGGCAGAUGUGAGUGGUUAAUUGGGUUUGGUCCAGGAACUGUAAUCACUUUUUGGGCCGUGCAUUGCCUUGAUGAUGUCUCACCCAUGAGGUUCCCUCGUGUUACACUAUGGAAGAGACAAGAACUGCAUGGAGCUGAUUUUUCAAAAUUUAAGGAUUCUUUACUUCUUAAUAAGGUCAUUAUCUUGAGGAACUGCUUGUCUGGUCCACCUGAAAUAUGCUCUUUGGUUCAUUUAUUACCUUGUAAUUCCUUGAUUUGGUCUCUGUUGCAUACUCAAAGAUCUGGUGAUGAUGAGAACUCAUUAGUGAACAGUUCCACAAUAUACAAGUACUCAUCAUGUUCAGCUGUUCAAAAUGGUGGACAUGGUGGAAAAAUUUUAGAAGUUGCUAUGCAUCCUUAUAUUUAUGAACUUCAAUUAGCUGCUUCUUUGGACUCUAAUGGGUUGAUUCUAUUUUGGUUUGUAUCAACCAUGUCAAACUGCAAUCCAGAACUUUCAACAUUGACUCCCACAUGGAAAAUUUGUGGGAAAUUUGCAACUCAUGAUUCAUUUUCCAAGUAUACAAGCUUGAAGUGGUCACCUUCUGUUUCAGAUGAAGACCGUGUACUUCUUAUGGGACAUGUUGGGGGGAUAGAUUGCUUUGUAGUUAAGCUUUCUCAAAUUGAAGGAGGAGAAGACAUAAUAUGUCAUUUUAUAUGCACCAUACCUCUAACAGGUCAUGGUCCUUACGAGGAUAAUGUCCUCAAUAUCUUUGCAAUACCCCUUCCUUCUACCUGUAACAAGACAUUUAGGUACAAUAAAUUUAUGCUUUUGGGGGUAUCGAUGAAAAGCUUUGAAGCUUUAUCAUGGGAGGUCACUUUACAUUCCUAUGACUUACCAGAGAGUACCUGUGGAUGUAAUUUUGAUGAUCAAAACAGUCAUAGAUUCACAUGGAAAUUUGAAAAUACUUUUGCCAAUAAAAGAUACUGUCUUGGUGUUAACCCUUGCUCAUCUCAGUUUCCGGAGCCUUAUUCUCAUGAUCAGAUUACUAGUUUUUCUAUGGUAGGUCCAGGUAACUUGAUUCCUACGCAUGAAAAACUUGAAUUUGACAGAGAUAGUUGCUGCAGUGUCCCUGCCUAUAUUAUGGCUACAGGCUUCUCUGAUGGUAGCUUGAAACUGUGGAGAAGUAACCCUUCUAAAUUGCCAACCCCUCACAAUCAGAUACCAUGGGAACUUGUAGGUAAAUUUGUUGCACAUCAAGGCCCUGUUAAUUCUAUAUGUUUGACCGACUGUGGUCAGAAGAUUGCUACCAUCUCUGCAGGGAGUAACACAGAUGGCACUAGCAUUCUUCAUAUUUGGGGCAGCAUAAACCUUAUAGGAGCUGGAAGUUUUGUGUUGGAAGAUAUAUUAUCCAUUGAUGGAGAUGUUGUGGCUUUAAAGUGGUUAGCUUUAGGUAAUGGUCAGUUAUUUCUUGGGGUUUGCACACACAAUAAUUUGCAGGUAUAUGCUCAGAAGCAUUCUGGUGGUCAGACAGUAGUGAACCUUGGAAAAUCUUUGAACCUGAAAAAUUGGUCUUGUAUUGCAGUUACUUAUACUUUGCCUGCUAUUCAUGACUUGCUUUGGGGGCCGCAGGCUGCAGCUAUUAUUGUUCAUGAUGAUUACUUUAGUCUAUUUAGUCAGUGGUUGUUUCUUGUAGAUGAUGAACAACAGGCCAAAUGCCAUCCAAAUUUUAUUGGGGAGGAUGGUGAAGGUGCAAAAGAUAAAUGCACUCCUUUGUCAAUAUUCACUGAUCUGGAUAGCAUCAGCGAUCUCAGGAAAUCAUCACUUCCCAUAAAGAUUAAAGAUAAUAUUGAUUUCCUAUCAAGCAGUGGUCAGCUAAAACAUGGUUCACAUAACUUGCUUGGUUUUUGGAGCCUGGUAGAAAUAGCAGAGAAGUUAGUGAGAACUUUACCUGUUUAUCAUCCUGAGGCUCUCCUUAUGAAUUUAUAUUCAGGCAACUGGAAACGUGCAUAUGUAUCUUUGAGGCAUCUUGUUGAAUAUCUUACUUCUGCUCAUGCUUCUGAGAAAAAAUGUAGUUCUGGAAAGAAAUGGCAUAUUGUUCCACAGAUUUCUUUAUCGAACUAUUUUGAAGGACCUAUCUUGAAAGAUUCAAUGAAUAAAGGUUUUCAAUGGAGUGCUGAUGCUUCAGCUUCACAGAUUUUUGUGUAUGACACUGUGUCCAAUGACUCCAAUCAUUUGUUUACUUCAUCUACAACAUCUGAGCUUUGUGGUUUUGUGGAGCCUAUUGAGAACAUGUAUGAGUUAGCAGAUUUAACUAAUAUUGAGAAGUUGCAAAUUCUUGCUAUUAUAGAUCUUCUCACUGAAAUUCAGCAAUCUGCUUCUGCCUACGAAAAUCUUGAUGAACCUGGCCAAAGGUUUUGGGUUGCUUUAAGGUUUCAACAAUUACAUUAUUGUCGAGGCUUUGGUAGGGCACCAUCGGUGGAAGAAUUGGUUGUUGACACUAGACUAAUGAGUUGGGCCUUCCACUCUGACUGUCAGGAAACUUUGAUGAGUUCUUUUCUUCCCAGUGAACCAACCUGGAAAGAAAUGCAGACUCUUGGAGUUGGAUUUUGGUUUACCAAUGUUGCACAACUACGCACAAGGGUGGAAAAAUUAGCAAGAAAGCAGUAUCUAAGAAAGAGAGAUCCCAAAGAUUGUGCCCUUUUAUACAUUGCAUUGAAUAGACUUCAAGUCUUGGCUGGUCUUUUUAAAAUCAGCAAAGAUGAAAAGGACAAACCCUUGGUGGGAUUUCUUUCUCGCAAUUUUCAGGAGGAGAAAAAUAAAGCAGCUGCUUUAAAAAAUGCUUACGUCUUAAUGGGAAAACAUCAACUGGAGCUAGCUAUUGCUUUCUUUCUACUUGGAGGUGAUAAUUAUUCUGCAAUCACUGUUUGUGCAAAGAAUCUUGGAGAUGAACAACUUGCAUUGAUCAUUUGCCACCUUGUUGAGGGUCAAGGUGGACCAUUAGAACAUCACUUAAUCACCAAGUUUAUGCUUCCAUCUGCAGCUGAGAGAGGCGAUUACUGGCUUGCAAGCCUGCUUGAGUGGGAACUGGGCAAUUACUUGCAAUCUUUUCUAUGCAUGCUUGGUUUCCAAACUAGUUCUGUGAUUGACAAAUAUGCUGUUUCAUCCAAUCACGCUGCUUUUAUGGAUCCCCAUAUUGGUCUGCACUGCCUCAAAUUAGCAAGCAAAAGUUGCAUGAGAAAUGCCGUAGGGGAGCAAAAUGCUUCAGUUCUCAGUAGGUUGGCAACUUUUAUGGUGGCUACUGCCUUCUGUAGAAGUGGGCUUCCUCUUGAAGCUUUAGAGUGCCUCUCAUCUUCCUCCAGCAUUUCUGGGAGUAUGGAUCAAGGGAGUAUAUCAGAUGUUGAUCAUUCUCAAAUUCUACAUGGAAUUUUAAAGCCAGCUGCUAGUGAUUCGCUUAAUUGGUUGUCAGGCAAUGUGGCUUUGCAUUUGGAGUCCUGUACUAAAUUAGAUUUGGCUCUUCAGUAUUUCUCAAAAUUGAUGAGGGAGCAUCCUAGUUGGCCUGACUCUAACUUAGGAUCCAUUCAACUGUCCGCAUGCUUCAGGGAUUGUGAGAUCCAUCAAUAUGAAGAAUUACAAAAAAAGUUUCAAGAAAAUUUUUAUACAGGACUUUCAAAGUUUGGGCAGAAGUUUUCAGUAGCUUCUCCUCACCUAAUCAAAAUGAUUUUGGUCUGGUUGUGCAAUAAUGGAUUACUGUUUAUUGGAUAUGAUAUAUUACUCUGCUAUGCUUCUGUAGAUCACUCAAAAGAUGAGAGCCAUCCUGUUGGCAAUUUAGUCUUGUAUCCUCUUCUCCAUAAGCCACUUUUGAAAUCCAUUCAAGAUAUUUCACUUUUACUUUCACGGUUUAUUGUCUCCUGUAAUAUAACUUGCCUGCAACAAAAAUCAUGUGAUAUUGAGAAUGAUGUGUCUGGUGAAGUUAGAUCCACAUGGUCCAAUACUCGGGGGCAUUUCUUUCAAGGUAUCAUGCCAAUGUUGUGGAGUUUAAGAAGUGCUAUGAGGAUAAAUUGUUGCUUCUUAUCUGAGGAUGUGACUGCAAGGUCCCUUGUUAUCCUUGAUUUAUAUGAAUUUUAUGUACAUUUUGCAUCUGCUUGGCUUAAGAAAAAUUCGAAAGGUCUCUUGUUGAUGGUGCAGCCACUCUUGAUCACUUGUACCAAUGGGCAUAUCCCAUAUGAAGUUGAUAUGUCAAAUCUCAAAAACAUCCUUUACCAUAUUGCAGAGUUGUUGGCUAGUGAUUUGUCUGUGGAUGAUGCAGGAUCAGGGCAUGCAAUUACCAAAAAUGACCCAUGUAAACUGGACAGAGGAGCAACACGCUCAUUUUCAGAAGAUGAGAAAUGGCAUAUUAUAGGGGCUUGUUUGUGGCAGCACAUGUCCAGAUUUGUGAAACAUAAGCUGCAUUCGCUAUCCAUUAAUCUUGAAGAUAUAUGCUUCUCUGGAGCUUCCCAUGGCAUAACAGAACAAGUUGUAUCAUUCUCACAGAUAUUAUCUAAGUUACUGAUGGCCACACUCGUACAUGUUUCAUCUUAUCAUGUGAAAGUGUUUGGCUCAUCCCUGCUACUGAAGCUAGAGAAUAGAUUUAACAUACCAACUCUUGCAUGGCUACGAGAGUCUAGUCCAUCUCAAGCCAAAGUCCUCUAUCAGGAUGCAAGCGCAGACAUAGUGAACAGCAGAGAUGAAUUAUCAACUUUUGACAUAUUAUGGGCCACCUGUGCCGACCCUAGCAUAAUAAGAGAAGGUUUUGCGCAAGAAAAGAUAAAUUGGCCACAAUUUGUCAAUCACAGAUCCUCUGAAGACUGGAGUGAUUUAUAUAAGAGCAUCAGAGAGGACCAUGAAACCAAGGAAGUUCUAGAUCAUGAAGUGAGGUUAGGCAAUAAUCCUGUCAGUGAUGAAGUUGGAUCACCUGCUAAGGGUUUAUUUAAGGGUGGCCGAGCUUUUCUAACUUCAUGGCAGAAGGACUCAACCAAUGCCAGGGAGGUGACACAUUUCCAAACUGCUAAAGAAAUAUUUAAGAGAGACGGAGAGCUGUUGGAGGCACUCUGUAUUAAUUCUGUCAGCGAAGGGCAAGCUGCAAUUUCCAGCAACAGAAAGGGCAUAAUUUUCUUUAAUUGGGAAGAUGGGAUUCCUUCUGCAGAUCAAUCAGAAUAUAUCUGGGCUAAUGCUGAUUGGCCACCAAAUGGUUGGGCAGGUGCUGAAUCAACUCCAAUUCCAACUUAUGUUUCUCCAGGUGUUGGUCUUGGGAGCAAGAAAGGAGCACACCUUGGGUUGGGUGGGGCAACCCUUGGCAUGGGUUCUUUAGCAAGACCAAGGAAAGAAUUGACAGGUGGUGGAGCAUUUGGUAUUCCAGGUUAUGCUGGUAUUGGUGCCUCUGGCUUAGGUUGGGAAGUACAGGAUGAAUUUGAGGAGUUUGUUGACCCACCAGCUACCAUGGAAAAUAUAAGUACAAGGGCUUUCUCUAGUCACCCGUCAAGACCCUUUUUUUUGGUUGGUUCCAGCAAUACACACAUUUACUUGUGGGAGUUUGGUAAGGACAAAGCUACUGCAACUUAUGGUGUUCUCCCUGCUGCAAAUGUUCCUCCGCCAUUUGCCCUUGCAUCAAUAUCGGCUUUGCAGUUUGACCACUGUGGACACAGAUUCGCUACAGCUGCAUUAGAUGGAACUGUAUGCACAUGGCAGCUUGAGGUUGGAGGAAGAAGCAACAUCCGCCCAACAGAAUCAUCUCUCUGCUUUAACGGCCAUGCAUCGGAUGUCACAUAUGUUACCUCAAGUGGAUCAGUUGUUGCUACUGCUGGGCACAGCUCCAAUGGUGCUAAUGUAGUUGUCUGGGAUACAUUGGCUCCACCCACAACGUCGCAGGCUUCAAUUAUUUGUCAUGAAGGUGGUGCCCGCUCCAUUUCAGUGUUCGAUCAUGAUAUUGAAAGUAAUUCCAUAUCUCCUCUUAUUGUAACCGGUGGUAGAGGUGGUGAUGUUGGACUGCAUGACUUUCGAUACAUAGCAACUGGAAGGACUAAAAGGCAUAGGCAUUUUGAUAAUUGUGAUGGAAGAAGCAAUAUGCCUUCUAAUAUGGACUUGCAAGCAGGGGUUGGUGAGAAAGUGGGUGACCACAAUCAGAAUGGGAUGCUUUGGUACAUACCAAAGGCUCACUUAGGAAGUGUCACCAAAAUAACCACCAUCCCUCAUACCAGCUUAUUCUUAACUGGAAGCAAAGAUGGGGAUGUUAAACUUUGGGAUGCCAAAGCAGCCAAACUGGUUUAUCAUUGGCCCAAGUUGCAUGAAAGGCGCACCUUUUUGCGACCAAGCUCACGUGGUUUUGGAGGAGUUGUUAAGGUUGCAGUAACUGACAUACAAGUUGUUUCUCAUGGUUUUCUUACUUGUGGUGGGGAUGGCUUGGUAAAGUUCCUUCAGAUUAAAGAUAACCAACAUGAAAAGUUCAACUAAGCGGUUCAUGAAUCCGACUCCCAGUGGAAGCUUGGUGCAAUUUUCCCAUCACAGACUCAUACUUGAUCAACAGUAAAAAUCCAGAACACAUGAAUUGCAUUGAAUGAGACGGAAUUUGGGUCAUUUUAUUAGAUCCUUCUAUUACCUUGUCUACAUCAAGUGCAAACGAUUCUGAGGGCUAGUGAAAUCCACCGGCUGCAACCCCGAUAUUGUUUUUCACACAUGAUUUAUCAAGUAUCUUAUUGAAUUUAUUGUUAAGUCCAGCGUUUCCGAACCGGACGAAAUCAGUCACGUCAACCGUUGCUGUUGGUUGUUGAUGUGUCUAGGCAUCCUCAUUUUCUGCUUGAAGGAGUUGUCCAAGAUUGGCUAACAUCAAUGCCCAGAUAGAUAAUCAUCAUUGUAUAUAUUUUGAGGUCAGCUAUUUUCUGCGUGAUGUUAAAAAUGGCAGAAUCGGUUUACAGUUGUUUUUUAUUGCUCUUUUAUAUAUUUCCCUCUAUAUAUAUUUUUUGUAAUUUUCUCUGUACAUUUGUAAUCAGGAAGCAGUGGGAUUUUUCUUUUUCCCAGUCGAAAGUUGACAUAUUUUGAGGCAUUCUUUUCCCUUUUGUCA